AUGAAAAGUUUUGUCUUUUUUCUUCCUUUAUUCAUUGCAUCACCGCAAUACAUGCAAAGAAUGAGAAGAUUCGAGUCGCCGAUUAAUAUGUUCCUGUCAGACAGCGCAAAAAACGACGUCCCUUCUGAUGCAGGCUAUUUUGGAGGACCCGCACCGAUUGGCGAUUCGGAUAAAUACAAUGAUUAUAUGCGGCUUUUCCAACUGAACUAG